CACAUUACCCUGGGUCAAAGAUCAAGCACAUGCACAGGGCGAAAGCAAGAUGGCGGAGAAAAGUGGAAGUCAUGAUGUCGUUGUAGAAAAGCAGGGCCAGGACGAUCUGUUGAUAGUCCCAGAAGGGUGGAAAGAGCCUGGCUUCUCCAAGGAAGAUAACCCACAUGGCAUGUUAGAAGAGAGCUCUUUCGCAACGCUGUUUCCUAAAUACCGGGAGCAGUACUUGCGGGAGUGUUGGCCCCUGGUGAAGAAGAAGCUUGCAGAGUUCGGAGUCCGGGCUGUGCUCGAUGUUAUAGAGGGCAGUAUGACGGUCGCCACCACCAGGAAGACUUGGGACCCGUUCAUCGUCAUCAGGGCAAGAGACUUGAUCAAACUGCUGGCGAGAAGUGUCCCUUACGAACAAGCUGUGCGUAUCCUAGAUGAUGACGUUUUCUGUGACAUCAUAAAGAUAGGCGGCAUGGUGAGGAACAAGGAGCGGUUUGUGAAGCGGAGACAGAGGCUGAUCGGACCGAAUGGACAAACUCUCAAAGCCGUGGAACUCCUCACACAGUGUUAUGUUUUGGUGCAGGGCAACACGGUGGCUGCUAUAGGCACACACAAGGGACUGAGAGAUGUUAGGAAAAUCGUUGUUGAUACGAUGAAGAACAUCCACCCUGUGUACAACAUCAAGGCCAUGAUGAUCAAGAGAGAGCUGGCCAAGGACCCUGUGUUGAAGAACGAAUCCUGGGACAGAUUUCUGCCCAAGUUCCAGCACAAGCAGCUAUCGAAGAGGAAGCAGCCAUUUAAGAAGCGAGAGAAGAAAGAAUACACACCCUUCCCCCCGCCACAGCCACAGAGCAAGGUUGAUCAGGAGCUGGCAACUGGUGAAUUCUUCAUGAAGGAAAAGGAGAAGAAACAAAGGAAGAGGCAACAGCAGCAGGUGCGAGAGGUGGAAGCAAAGAAGGCCCAACAGGAGAGAAGAAACAAGGCAUUCAUACCUCCAGAGGAGCCAGCCCACAAAGUCAAGGCCCACAGUACAUCUUCAGCAGAGUCUAAUUCUAAAGUUGAUGUUGAAGCCUUGAAGAGGAAAAUAAACAGAUCAGGAAAGAAAAAGCUCGGGGCAAAUCCAGCAUCAGUAGAAAAGACAGGGAAGAUAAAAGUCAAGGGAAAAAUGAACAUGUAACAUGUCAGAAGUUCAACAGAGCAAACCGCUUAUAAUAUUGAAGCGAGUGUUACAUUGAAGAUCACAAUGGUCUCUCCUGCACUGAUCAUUACAUUACUCAUUAGGUUCAGUGAUUGGAACCACUUCUCGGUCCUGUGUGCCAUUCUUCCUUAUCCCUUGUCUCAUGUUGCUCAUUCGCACUAGGUCAUCUGUGAUGGGGCUGCUGAGCCCCGCAGUUGUAUCCCAUGUUGGACCAUGAGGGAGACGAUAUCACCAGCAUUCGAAAAUAAUCAGCUUAUCUCAGCUGCUCACAAUGACUUCAGUAUUUAAGUACAUUGUGUGGUGUGCUGAGUCAAUAAUCCUUUAUGCCACUACUGUAAUUCACAUUGUCUUCUCGGUAGGGGGGUCUGGGGGCAUCCACCUUCCACGGUGCAGAGUUUUUCAUGAUUUUAAGUUGAAACAGUGCAUUCUAAGGUAUCCCAAGAGGCAAAAAUACUGUUACAGAUGUCACAUUAGAAGACUGUGACCACAGAUGACCUGGUUGCAUCCCUGGUCAAUCAGUAUUUCAUGCUUGUCAGAGGAUUUUCUCCCCAGUAUAGGGCGUCCAGGGGCAUCAAAUUUCUUGUUAUUCUAAGAAAAGUGCGUCCAGUCGGUCCAGAUGACACGUUGACGCAUGCCUGGCUAAGAACCUGCUUCUCGGUACCAAACUUUUACGAUCUGAGAAAAUUUAACUUGUUCUCGAAGGAACUAAAUGUUCACGGUGAAUUAAUUAUUUGUUAUCAUCACCAAGACGAAUUAUUUGUUAUCGGUAAUGAUAAGUUACAGUUACAGUCGUCACAGUGAAAACCUUGAACCGUAUAUUGAAAAAAUCAGAAAUUACAGUUAUGUUGGUAACAGUUCAAAAUGAUCAUUUCUGCAAAGAAAUGAUAUUUUGUCAAUGCAGUCUCAGUAUGGUACAUUGUUUAGUAUCUACAUUCCCAUAUUUGUUUAUUUUUGAAUAUUUGAUAUCAGGCCAGUGAUUUCUCAUAGAGGUAAGUUUAAUUGGCAACACAAAAGAGUGAAUUCUGGGCUUACAUGUAGUAGUAUCCUUCAUCUUAUAUUGUUUAAUAAUAAUUUGAUGUUGAGCUGUAGACUGAUGAUAGGACUAUUUCACACUUACCAAAAAUGCAUUGAAUUAAAUGUAUGUAUCGUGAAUCAUGUCUGGUAUAUGUGUUGCUUACUAUGUGCCGACCAUGAUGUGGUUAGAAUCAAGGUCACUAAAUCUAUCUGUGCCUCCCUGUAGAGUUGAUAAUACAAAAUGUAGUGUGGGUCUGAAGUACAUGUACAGUCAAACCUGUAUUACUAUUAG